CCCGCCGCGCGCGCACGUAUCGCGACCGACUGUGUCUGUGCUCUCACUGUGAUUGAUAACGUGAUAAUAACGAUACGACUGUAGUUUUUGCAAGUGCUGCAUGUGAUAAGUGCCUGCCGGUGCUCAACAUACUCCAUAUAUAUCGUGUUCCUACUGAAUAUUUCAUCUUGUUGGCUCUGAGCAUGCGGAGCUGGUAGCCGCAGCGGCAGCAUGUUCAACAGCGGCGGGGGUGCUGGGGGCGGGGGCGGCGCGGGGGGUGCGGGGUACGAGGAGUGCGCGGAGGGCGGGUACCUGGGCUACGGCGCGCCGCGGCUGCAGCAGUACGCGCACUUCCCGCACCAGAACGUGUGGCACCACCACGCCUCGCACCACGACGCCUACCCACAGACCUAUGGAGGCGGCGGCGCGCACGGCGUGGGCGGCAUGGGCGGCGUGGGCGGCGUGGGCGCGGUGGGCGGCGCGCUGUACCCACAGAACAUGGUGAUGGGCUCGUGGUGCUCGCCCUACGACGCGCUGCAGAGGCCCCCGCCCUAUGAUGGCGAGGCGGCGUUCGACAGCGAGGGCCGCGAGUGCGUGAACUGCGGCGCCGCCAACACGCCGCUGUGGCGCCGCGACGCCACGGGCCACUACCUGUGCAACGCGUGCGGCCUCUACCACAAGAUCAACGGCGUGAACCGCCCGCUCGUGAAGCCGAGCAAGCGGCUGUCGGCGGCGCGGCGGCACGGGCAGUGCUGCACCAACUGCGGCUCGCGCAACACCACGCUGUGGCGCCGCAACAACGAGGGCGAGCCCGUGUGCAACGCCUGCGGGCUGUACUACAAGCUGCACGGGGUCAACAGACCAUUAGCGAUGAGGAAGGAAGGCAUCCAGACGCGCAAGCGGAAGCCGAAGAAGUCUGGAGGCAAGCCCGCGGCCGACGCGCCCCCCGGCGGCGGCGGCGGCAAGAAGGACGAGCAGCACUCGCCCGGGAUUGAAGUUCCCUUGGAGAGCAAGCCGCGCAUCUCGGAGCUGCCGGCGGCGGCGGCGGCGGCGGCGCGCGGCUCGCCCCCCGCGCCCCGCGCCGCGCCCGCCUACCCCGGCCUGCUGCCGCACCCGCUGUUCAACAUCAAGGCCGAGCCCACGCCGCACGACGCCUAUGCGCACGCCCACUAUCCGCAGCAGCACUACCUACACGCGCUACAGUACGGGCUUAACACGGGUGAAGAGGAAGAGGGCAGCGGGUUCCUGCACCAGCGCAACGUCACCGCGCACGCCAAGCUCAUGGCGAGCACGUAGCGAGCGCGCAAGAACAUGCGUCAUUGGGGGCGUAACAUGCAGCGAACAUGCCCCACUAGGGGCGUGGCACGCAGCGAACAUAAGCCGCGAGCGCGAACACGCAGCGAACAUGCGCCACUAAAGGCGUAGCCACGCACUCCCAACUCAUUAGUAAACAGGAGUUUGCGUCUAUAACUUAUGUCGCUUAUCAAUAAGAAUGAAAGGACCAAGUAUUACCUUUUCGUAAGGGUUGACCAAUCACUAACCAAUUCGAUGCUUUAUAUCUUUCGAUGUGGUUUCACACCAUUACGAAGUCGUUCACUAGUUUGUACAUAGGUUUACUGACUUGUAGAUAUAAUUAGGUAAUUCAUGUAAUGAUUAUCCGACUGAAUAGAUGUCGUUACGCCGUGACUGAAACGAUUUUAACACUUAUGGGUCUAAUGGAAGAUGGAAUCUAAUGUGGAGAUCUCGUCGCCUCCUGUACCUCCCGCUGCCGGGCGGGCUCUGUGGGGCAGGAGGCAAUCAUGAGAACAAAUUCGAUCUAGUAUUAUUACAUGUGUAAAUAUUAAUUAGAAACCUAUGUAAUGUAAUUAAGCUACGUUUUAAUAUUAUAAUAACUUAAACAUGGGUAGGUUUAUAGACAAAACACAAAGCGUGUAGGUAAUGAGAGUAAGUUUAGAAAUUUUUGGUUGUGUAUAUUUCAUAAUGAAAGUCGUUAUGUACCUACCUACUCACAGGCACAGCGUGGAUCUGAAUAUUUUGUACAUAGGUCUGUACUAAUAAUGAGUACGUACACUUACGUAAGUUAAAUUACACUAGGUUAGAAAUGUUCCUAUUGUUAUGCCAGAUAGAAUAUUGUGUAAAUAAAUACUUGUCCGUAUCCGCUAUGAAUCAGUUCGCACUUGUAGUUAACUAUUUUCUCAAUAAACUCAUCAUUGAUAAUCAGCAAUGACUAUAACAUGAAACUCAGAUUAUACUCAAAUAAUAGGAUAAUGUAAAAUAAAAGGCAUUUACUUAACGCUGUAAAUAUGUAAUAGAAUAAAUUAAAAUCAUUAUGUUUAUCAACAAUGUUAUAAAACUUGUAAGAUUUAUCACAGCAGUAUCAAAUGCAACUCUCAAAAUUUGUUCAAAUAUUACCUGUAAGACAAUAUUAUAAAAUAAAUUUGAGCACUGUCUGA